CUGCUCCCAGUUAAAAUUUUUUCUAAAAAGUAAAAAUUUCUUGCACUCUUAUUACGCUUGUUAGUUAUUAGAGCUCUGUUGUUUUAUUCACUGCUCAUCGGAGAGUGACUUCAUGGGAUUAUGGCAUAUGAUUAAUGGAGGAAUUCCAGCUGCUGACGCUGCAGGAAGAGGAUGACGGUGCCAGUGAAUCGGAGGGAGAACACUUGUCAAACGGACAAGCGCUGCAGAGGAAGGAGAAGAUGCGCUGGCGGAACAAGCCCAGCGGUGCAUUGGCUGCCAAGGAGCGCGGAACGGCGAGCAGCGCGCACAGAGACUCAGUGACGGAUGAAGGCAGCUCGCUGGAGUCGCUGCACUUCAGCAGCGGCCGGGGCAAACUGCCGCCCUUAUCCCAGAAAUGGUACCGAUCUCCCGCGGCCAAAGUGGCGACAGGCGCCGUGCUGCUGCUCAUCGGCGGAUUCCUCCUGGGCUACUUGGCCCAUGUUCCUAAAGUUGUGCCAGUGAUGGCCAACUCCUCCAACGCAUCGCCAUCGAUGCUUUGGAAAGACCGUCUGCAUUUUACCCCCGAUUUCGCGCGCUGUCCCAAAGAAUUUGGCUUUGAGCGCCCAGCUGUACUUGUGCACUCCUUCGACGGCCUGGCCAGUCGUUUCCUGGACCGAAUUCCCUCCUUGAAGGAUCUCGGGAGCGCCGGUGUCCGCGCCGCCCACAUGCGUCCCGUGUUCCCGACCAGCACCUUCCCCAACCACUACACGAUGGCAACGGGACUGUUCCCGGAAUCCCACGGCAUCAUCGACAACAGCUUUUCCUCGGUGGACGGCACCCGCUUCUUCUAUAACGCUAAUGACAGCCGUUUCGUCAGCGCAUGGUGGGGCGGUCAGCCCAUCUGGCAGGUUGCCCAACGGCAGGGGCGGCGCGUGCUGGCGCACUACUGGCCCGGCACCGACGUCAAAAUUAACGGAGUCCUUCCCACCUACUGGUCUGUCUUCGACUUUAACGAAACCGUAUCCAGUCGGGCGCAGCGGGUGGUCGACGCCCUGCGAAUGCCGGCGGCACAGCGCCCCGAUCUCGUCCUGGCAUACUAUCACCAGCCCGAUAGCGUUGCCCACGUCCAGUUCCAGGAGAGCGAGGCGUUCAGUGACGCCCUCUUGCAAGUGGAUCGACUCACCUCCCUCAUCAUGGAGGGACUGGCCAAUGCGUCCUUACUGGAUUGCGUGGACGUCAUCUUCCUGUCGGAUCAUGGCAUCGACCAGUGCCGGCACUCUGUCGAUCCCCAUGUGUCACAGUUCGACCCGCUGUCUGUUUACGAUGGAAAUGGCUUUAUGAAUCGCGUACGCCUAAAUGAGACGGUGGACGUGCGGAAAGCGCUAUCCGGCUACGAUUGCUCCAUGUACUCCCCCUUCCAACUGUACGCGAAGCAGGAUCUGCCCGUCCGUUUGCACUAUGUUAACGCCGACGUCAUUGCACCAUUAAUCAUCACCGCCAACCUAUCAUAUGUGAUGUUUGCGGCGAACAAAAGCGUGUCCUGCAAAACCAAAUUCAACAUGCACGGUUGGGACAAUGUGCACAACGAGCUGCAGGCGGUUUUCCUCGCCUAUGGACCGUCUUUCCUUACUCACGCCACUGUGGAAGCCUUCGCUAAUAUUGAGUUGUUCAAUCUUUUGGCGGACCUGCUGGAAAUAAACGGCGUGGAAAAUAACGGAACGCGAGGUAGCUUGCGGCAUCUUCUGCGUCCCGGGCGCCUGCAAAAUCUCGUUGAAGAGAAGACAGACCCGCUGCCCGUCGUUGUAAGGGCGACGCUGCCGGUGACAGUCCGGCCGGUUUGUGGAAAGAACUGCUCGACACAUUGCAGUUGGCCCAGUCUGACAGCAUCUAUGGAAGAUCAGGAUGAUUUUUUGCAACUGCAUGGUAGGGAAUUUGGAUUCCCUGGAGGACGUGACAGUGGCGCCACGAUGCUUGUCAAUCGCAACUAUCUUGUCGGCGUGUUUCCGCAGCGGGACCUUCCCGUGUGGAGUGCGUUUCGCAUGCCGCCAUGGUCGCGGCAAAUCCUGCUUCAUAAUUUCCAGCAUCAAGACAUCUCCGAAUGCCGGUUCGCCGAUCCCCGGUUAAGCGGAUGGGAUCGCAGCGGUCUCUGCAGCGAAGUGUCCGGUAUUACGCUGGGCUUAUUGGUUCCUCCAGAGCUGGCGUCAGCCGCGGCCUACCAGGAUGAGUUCCUGCUGACCAGUAACACGGUGCCGGUGUAUCACAGUUUUUAUUACGGGAUUUGGCAUCGAUUCCUGGAGAUGCUGGCCGGUUGGAACAGUGAAACACAGCGCCUGCUCAUCUGGCUUGGACCGGUGUGGGACUAUCAGGCCCCGUUCGGCCUGGCUGAUCCGCCGUCAAUCCUGCAGCGGGACCAGUUGCCGUCGCAUUUCUUCGCCGUUGUACUGCGGCAACGAUCUGUUAGGCCAGUUAUUUGCCCAACUCUUUCCUGUCAGUACGACGUGAUAUCAUUCAUCGUACCGCACCAGCCAGCGCCGACCAAACGCUGCCAGAGCGAGCUGGCCUAUCUCUUAUCGCACAGCGCCACCGUGGUGGAUGUGGAGUUGAUCAGUGGACUGGGCUUCUUCACCGGCCUACCCGUGGAAGAGGCCGCCCGACUACGGACGCGCGUGACUAAUUUAACGUUUUGGGAAUCUCUUUAAGAAACAUCUCCAGGUACUAAGCGGUGCAGGCCGAUGCUAGUAUUCCCGCUUCUUGUGAUUGCACCGUGCUCGCGGAUCUGUUUCGGUGGCUGUAGCCCCCAGAAAUCUCUUUUAUGUUUCUAAGUUGUUUUUUGUCGUUUUCUGUGAUGGGAGAGGCGAGAUUUUCU